AUGUCUUUCGGCUUUGGAGGAUUCGGUCAGAACAACCAGCAGCAGGGUUCCGGCUUCGGGACCACUGGUGGUGGCUUCGGAGGCUCCAAUACCGGAGGAGGCUUUGGAUCGACAUCCUCCCCCUUUGGUGGCACUUCUGGUAGUAGUGCUUUUGGCAACACUUCCAGUGGCUUUGGCUCCGGCGGAGGAUUCGGAACCAACACCCAAAAUCAAUCUAACUCCCUUUUCGGCAGCCAAAACACCCGUCCUGGCGGUUUCGGCACCACCAAUACCGCCAACACGGGCGGCGCCAGCCUCUUUGGCGGCGCUCAGAAUCAAACGGCUGGAAACACCGCCUUCGGUGCUGGUGGUGGUUUCGGCUCCACUGGCGGCUUUGGCGGAAAUACCAAUACGGGAGGAGCAGGAGGCAUGUUCGGCAACAAAACGGGAGGCUUUGGCGCCACUACCACGCCCGGUACCGGUGGAGGAUUUGGCACUGGCGGCGGCUUCGGGUCCAACACCGGUACGACUGGCACUGGUUUCGGCGCUGGCACAGGAACAGGGACUGCCUUCCAAGGUGCGACGCCGACAUGCGAGGGCACCGGCGGGACUCCGUUCAACCCAUUUUCAGAGAAGGACACCAGCUCCAACACGAUGAAUAACUACCAGAGCAUCAGUUUCAUGCAGCCUUACAAUAAGUUCUCUUUCGAGGAACUUCGCCUGGCGGACUACCAGCAGGGUCGCCGCUACGGUAACGGCAGCGGCCAAGCUGGCGCCUUUGGCUCCUCUGCCUUCGGCGGCUCUGGUGGUUUUGGUACUCAGCAACAACAACCCACGACUGGCUUUGGUGCUAGCGCCACGCCAUUUGGUGCAGCAGCUACCAGCGCCCCCGCCUUCGGUGGCCAGACCCAGACUACCGGUGGAUUCGGCGCGAACGCUUCCAAUUCAUUGUUCGGGGCGGCCAAACCUCAGGGCUCCCUUUUCGGCGGUGCAGGAACUACAAACGCGACAUCUCAACCUAGCCUUUUUGGCAGCACGACCGGCACCGCUGGCGCUGGCGGCUUUGGCACCACUCCCGGAGCUACGUCAGGUUUCGGUGGCACUGGCGGCACUGGCGGCACCACCGGCGGACUCUUCGGCAGCAACCAGCAGCAGAACAAGCCGGCCUUUGGUGGUAGCGGAGGAACUGGCUUUGGCGGUGGUGGAUUCGGAACACAGACAACCAGCGCUGCGAACCCAUUUGGAGGAACCCCUGCCACGACAUCAGCCUUCGGCGGCGGUCAGCAGCAGCAGACUGGAACGGGCGCAUUCGGCGGGUUUGGUCAAAAUCAGCAGAAUCAAGCCCAGACCCAGAACAAGGGCCUGUUCGGUGGUGGUGGAUUCGGUGCAAGCAACCAGCAGCAACAGGGCUCUGGCGGUCUCUUUGGUGCUAGUGCCGGUGCACCAGCAACUGGGUCUUCUCUCUUCGGAGGAAGCCAGCCUCAGCAGCAAUCACAGCAGGGGACCGGAUCACUCUUUGGUGGUGGUGCCCAACCCCAGCAAGCUGGCACUGGAGGUGGUCUGUUCGGCGCUUCCCAAAACCAGCAGCAACAGAAGCCCGGCGGACUCUUCGGGGGAUCGACCGGUUCCGCUGGCGGUGGUGCCUUCGGGGGCUUCGGCAAUACUCAGGCCCAGCAGACCGGCGGUGGCCUUUUUGGCGGCUCUCAGAAUCAACAGCAGCAGAAGCCCGGUGGCCUUUUUGGAGGAUCGACUGGUAGCACCGGCGGCGGCCUCUUCGGGGGGCAGAAUACCGCCUCCCAGGGUGCAGGUUCCUCCCUCUUUGGUGGCAACCAGACUCAGCAACAGCAGGCCGGUGGCCUUGGUGGAGGUAGUAUGUUCGGCGCCUCGCAGCAAGCGCAACAGCAGCAACCAGCCCCUGGAAGCUUACAGGCAUCUCUGCUGGAAGGCAAUCCCUAUGGCAGCCAGUCUAUCUUUUCCGGUCUCCCCACCCCAAGUGCGCCCACUCCCGGUCCCCUGGCCACACCUCUCUCUUCCAGCAUCAAGCAGAAGCAGCGAACUCCACUGCCUGUCUAUAAGAUUACCCCCAAUGCUGCCAACCGUCUGAUCACGCCGCCCAAGCGUCAGGGAUACGGAUUCUCUUACUCGACCUAUGGCUCUCCUUCCAGCACCACCAGCACCCCAUCCGGACUCAGUAGCAGUCUCCUUGGCGGUAGCAGCAGCAUGCGUGGCAGUAUUAACGGCAGCUUUGGCCGAAGCUUCAGCAAGAGCUACUCAACCAGCAAUCUUCGCAAGACCUUCGAUCCUGAUUCCGACAGUGUUCUGUCCCCUGGUGCCCUCCAGACUGGCGGCAGCGCCCGCGGCAAUAGCGGCAGCCUCAAGCGGCUCACUAUUGACCGCAGUCUGCGUAGCGAUCUGUUCACCCGUCCCGCCAGCUUGUCGCCUGCUCCGAUUACCAACGGAGAUGAUGCCGCUCAGCCCGACAAGCUGAAGAAGAAGGUCAGCUUCGACUCGUCCUCUCCCAGCGUUGCGGGUAAUGAGGUUAUCCACGUGGAAUCCACGACCCCCGAGCCCACCCCUGAGGAACUUGGUUUCCUUCGCUCAAUCCGUAAGAACGGCAGCCUCAAUGGCGUUGACGGUGCUACGCAUGGCGACCGCCCCGAAAUGGAAUCCGUUCGCCGUGAUCUUGCCGUGGUUCCAGAGAAUGGUGAACCUACCACUCCCGCCACGGAUGCUACUAUCAAGCGUCUGUCCUUCACUCCUGGUGGCGACCCGAAACCCGGCGAGUACUGGAUGAAGCCUUCGCGUGCCGAGCUCAACAAGAUGAGCCGUGACCAGCUCAAGCGUGUUGUUGACUUCACCGUCGGUCGUCAGAAUUGCGGCCAGGUCACCUUCAAUGAACCUGUCGACCUGACAAUUGUCGAUCUGGACAAUAUCUUCGGAAAGACUGUCGACAUUGGCGUUCGCAAGAUCACUGUUUACCCUGAGGACGGGAACAAGCCUCCUAUGGGUAAGGCACUUAAUGUACCGUCCACCCUUCGGAUCGAGAACUCCUGGCCACGUGGCCGAGACAGGAAGUCGCCUUCACCUCUCACCAGUGGCCCGCUUUUUGACAAACACAUCGACCGUCUGCGCAAAGUGACCGAUACCGAGUUCAUUGACUACGAGAUGCAGACCGGCACCUGGGUCUUCACCGUGCCCCAUUUUACCACCUAUGGGCUUGACUACGACGAGGAAGAAGAAGGCCAGAGCCUCAACCAGAGCACCUUGAGUGCUGGCCCUCCUGACACUGGCACCCCGAAGGCCCGUCACCCCCCGAGCUUUGACCACUCCGCGACCUUCUCCUCCCUCGACGAGUCGUUCGUCGGGUCGAUGGCCGGUGUCGACGACGACACCUUUGACUUCAAGAAGCGCAAGCUCGUCCCCGGUUCGUUCGGAAGCCAGGCAAUGGAAGCUGAUGACCAGGAGAUGGGUUCGGAAGCCGAGUCCGAGUCUUUUUUAGAGGACGGCUCCACGGGUUCAACUACUGAACACGACGAUGACGUCGUCACCGAAAGCCAGCAAUCUGGCGAUUCGGUAGUUGGAUCUGAUGAGGAUGAGGAAAUGGACAUGGCGGGUUCCUUUCCCAAUCCUCAUCGUACCGUGGAGCGGGAUGACUCUCAGAGCACCGAUGGUGACCUGGAAUCCACCCAGCCCCUUUCAAAGCCCUUUGGCACCCCGGGCAAGCCCCGGCUUGACCUCAGUGGUGAUUGGGCCGACCAGUUGCAGCGCACUAUCAGUCCCCGAAAGCAGAACCGCGACGCCCUUCGUGAGAUCCAGGCAAAUGCGUUCACUGAUCGUACUUUGCUUCACGAUGCGUCACCUGAUGCCGCCAAGUCGGCUGAUUCGCCCAAGAAAGGCUUCUCGAACAGUAUUGAUUUGAUGAAUUCGCUUUUUCAGCAGCCGCGCAAGCAGCAUACUGCGUCUCCACUGAAGGCUUCUGGGCGGCAGUCCAAAGGCAUUGAGUGGCCUUACAACAAACAACCCAAGACUUUUGCGGGCGACACGAAGCAAAUGAGCCAGUCCGACGCGGCUUUUCAUGACUCCUUCAAGCCGCGCUGGGGCCCGAUGGACUCGAUCGUUUGCGCCAAGAGCGACCUCUCGGAAGUACUGUCCGGCGCGGAAGAGCGCUGGAUUCAACGCCUGUCAGUUGUAAGUGAGGGAAGGGACGUUGCGGUCAUGACGUACAACAAAGAAGGCAAUUCGAUGGAAAUGCUUGAGGUGCAACAGGAGCAAUCUCAUACUCAUCACAUUGACGGAGCGCCCCUGGUUCGUUUGGACAAAGUCGACCUUCACCAGUUCACUCAGUCCCCGUCGAGCCGUGCCCAAUCCGACGACGAGCGGUUGAUCUGGCAGCUUACCAACAUCCUCUUCAAUGAUGAUAUCGAGGACGACAUCUCCGCUGGUGUGCCACCACAGCUCCGAACGAAGUUCGCGCACCGCAUCAAGAAGGAUCGAUUGACUCGUCUGUGGGAGGGGAUCAUUCGCGAGAAACACGCUCAUGACCUGGAGUCCAUCCGCUCUCCGGAAGAGCGCGCCGUCCAUCUGCUCUGCUCCCACCGAGUUGAGGAGGCUUGCAAGACCCUCGUGGAGAGCCAGAACUUGCACCUGGCAACUGUGGUCGCACAGAUUGGCCGAGAUGCUACCACGCGGGCCGACAUGGCGAACCAGAUCGAGGUGUGGCACCAGAGCAACGUUUCCUCGGAGAUGAGCGAGCCCCUUCGUGCUCUGUACGAAUUGGUCGCGGGCAAUGCGCUCCGCAGCGAGGGCAAGUCCGGAGGUGCGCUCGAGGACCGAGCGUCGUCCUUCACUUUCACUGAGCGCUUCGAGCUGGAUUGGUUCCAGGCAUUCGGUCUUCGUCUAUGGUAUGGCAUCACGGAGGAUGAACCAAUUGAGGCCGCCGUCUCCAGGUAUCUUGCCGACCUCGCCACUGGACAGGAGUCUUCCUUCCCUUAUCCGUCGCAUGGGGCCCGUUCUCGUGUCAUGUUGCAGCCCGGUUCUGAUACCCUUGGCUGCGAAUCACCGCUCUGGGUGCUUCUCAAAACCUACUCGGCAACCAACGCAACCCGCCCACACAUUGCCCCUAUCCAGCUCCCCGCCGCCCUCCUCCCGGAGUCGGUGUCGGGCGACCGCCUGACCAACCGGCUUUCCUUCCAGCUGCACCAUGUUCUUACCGCCGUGGUGGGACAUCACCCCGCGAUCAACAUUGAUCAAAUCCAAACCGAUCACCUCGUGUGGGACUAUGCAUCGGAGCUGAGCGCCGGCGGCGAACUGGCCUCGGCACUCUUCGUCCUCCUCCACCUCUCCCAAUCCAACGAUCGCAAGCGCGCCGUCCAAGAAACCCUCGCCCGCUUCGCGGCACACCUCCCCGACCCCCUCUCUGCCGAUGGCUCCCCCGAUCCCACCUGGCACCUUCUGACAACGACCCUCCAACUCCCCGAGCCCUGGAUCUGGGUCGCGAAGGCCCUUUACGCGCGGGACAUCGGCAAUGCCGCUCGUGAAGUCGAUUGCCUGAUCCGCGGCAGACACUGGAACGACGCCCACGCCACAUUCUGCCGCAUCGUUGGCCCAACUGCCAUCAUCGAGCGCGACUACGCAACCCUCGACACAUUGGUCUCGGGCUUCGGCGACGGGCCUGAGCGCAAGAUGCGCGGCUGGGCUGCCGGUGGAGGUGUGUACGAAGAUUUCCUCCGCCUUACCACCUCUCGAAGCGGUCGUCGCGAUGCUACGCGUCUCAGUCGUCUGGUGAACGCCCUCGUCGCUAUGGGUGACCGUGUUAAGGGUUCUGGAGUCGAGGGAUUGGAGGAACGCGUUGCCUUUAAAGAGAUGAGCCGUGCCGUUGCCGGCUGGAUUGCCCAUGAGGAUGUGCAGUCUGUCCAGUCUUCUGCUGUCCUAGGUCUGCCUCUCACGGGAGAUGCGAGGAUUAUUCAGACCGCUGAGAUGAGUCGGCGGUACUAUGGGGUUAUUAUGGCGGGUGGCCAUUAG